GGAAGUUUCAUGGACCAAACUGACCGGAUACCUCCCCCCAACCCUGGGAAAACUCUCCAAGCUCAAGGAACUGUCUCUGAAUGAAACUGCAGUAACAUGCCCCCCUGACAGCACCCCAUGUGUGGUUCAGCAGUCUUCUCAAAGCGCGUUUUGCAGCGAAUGCCCCUCCUUCUGCACUACUUGUGUCAAGUCAGCACCACCCCCCCCCUCCCCACCUCCAGCAUCCCCCUCCCCACCUACAGCGUCCCUCUUACCACCUCCAGCGCCCCCCACAACGGCCCCAUCCUCCUCCUCUUCAAGCCCCCCCCGCACGCCUCAAUCGCCUCCCUCCCAGUCGGGAGGCGGUCUCUCUGUGGGAGCCAUUGCCGGCAUUGCUGUGGCUGCUGUGAUGCUGCUGUUCAUUGGCGUGCUGCUGGGGUGGCAAGUCUACAGGAGAUUAGCACCACGUGCUGCUGCUGCAGGCCGGGCUCGCAGCAUGCCGGGAGCUCAAUGCGCAGACCCUCACUCUGAUGAUGGUGAAACGAGCUGCCACAUUCUGCAAUGGGUGGAGGAGUGCAUUUCCUCCAAAACAACAGGCCCCUUGAAGGACCCGAGCAUGGACGCCCCGGACGAUGCUGUGCUGCACCUGGCCCAGCUGGCCCUCUCCUGCACCGUCGAGUGCACUGCAAGCCGGCCCAGCAUGUCAGACAUUGCCAACGAGCUGCAGGGAAUCAGGCACGAGGUGGUGGGGAAGGAGGAGCUGAGUGCAGCGGUGAAGGUGGAUGAGGAAGCAGAAGAGAUGGGAAUUGGGAUGUCGUUUCGGGGUAACUUGAACACCGACCUGGAAGCCAUUGAGACGAUGGAUGAAGAAGAGUCCAAUGGGGAGCAAUCAGCCAAGUCUAUUCAGUGA